AGCUGUACCUUACCUUUCAUUUAGGAAACCUAAAUUUGCUAAGAUGAGUGAUUCUGAGCAAGAAGUGCAGCACCAAGAAUCCGAAAGCAAAUUGAUUGCGCUCCGAUGUGCACUGCUUGUAUUGUUCCUUGUUUGUUUCGCUUCCAAUUUAUACAACUGUGUUUACCACGUUCAAGUGAUCGUUCAUUAUUCAGAAUGCCCGGCUUGUGAAUUUACCUCAUAUGAAUCUUUGGUGCUGACAGUGGCAAUUUUAAUGCAGUUCAUGCUUGUGAUUGGAGUUUAUUUGGUACUCACCCAAAAGAUACGUGAACUGCGUGUGUUCAUCAUGUUAUUUUUCCUCGCCGGCUGGCUGCAAAUGUUGCUCAUCUUGGUGCUGACUCAACGUUAUCCCAUUGCGCAUGAUGUUCACUUCAGGUGGCAAGAACAUCAAAGUCUUGCACACUUCGAAGAUUGGUUUGGUUGUUGUGGUGUGCUUGGACCUGACGAUUAUCUGCUCUCAACUGGCCAAUUGCCGAGCAGCUGCUUCGACAAUCACAGCAAUUUGACUAAAGAUCUUCACUACAACGGCUGCCUUAACAAAGAGAAUGGAAAUUCUGCUAUACUGCGGUACGAGUUCCUCACGAGUCUGUUUCAGCUGAUUUUGCUGGUUUUCUUGAUAAUGUUUUAUCUGCAUCUGAAGAAAAUUAAGGCGCCAAAGCGUAACUUGCACAGCGUGUGGAAAUCGCGCAUUGUUCUCUAGUUGUACACAAAUCGCAAUUGUAUUUACAUUUGCAUUUGCAUUUGGAUUUGCAUUUGUGUUUGUGAUGCAAGACAAAUUGGAUAAAGAAAUUGGCAUUGGCAAAGGAAGACUUACACUUCUCAUAUUUCACAAGCUGCAAUCAAUAACGAUAAACACUCGAGUGUCUAUCUUAUGUCUUGUCUUCAGUUGUGUCUGGCCAAAAAGGAUGCCAAAAGCAUCGAAUGUCCACUAUGCAUAUGCAUGAGCCAAUAAAGAAAUCAACAAAGGAUAGCCAAGGAUAAAGCAGUCAGACACGGAACAUCGAACAUUGAAGUUGAGCUCUCAUUCUCUCGCCCACUCCAGAUGCAAUCGAGCAGCAAGGUAUAAGCCGCAUGCCACAUGCCACACGCCGCACACGCCACCCAUGGCUCAAGGACAAUCUCGAUGUGUUUCGCCUUUGGACAAUUUCGUUUUUUAUUUGUGUACAUAAAUUUUAUUGUUGUCGACAUUAAAUUUUGGCAUGUCGUGAAAAACAAUUUUCCAGCAUUUUGAAAUGCAUAAAAUAUGCAUACAAAAUGCUCGAACAGAACGACCAACUUUAUGGCUAAAUAGUUUGCCAGUCCAAACGUUCUUCCUCUCCUCGCUCUCAAUCGCAGUUAAUGCUUUUUUACGCCCUUAUCUGAGUUGGAGUCGAAAUCGGAGACGGAGACAGAGACGAAGCCAGAGGCGGAGCUGCUGAUCUCCCCAAACGAUUUGGGCUAACUUUUUCGCCACCGAGCCAUAACCAUAACAAUAACAACAACACUUUGGUCAAGCGAAGCUGCCGAGUUUAUAGCGGACCAAAGGCAAAGGCAACGGGCAAGUGAAAAACUGCUAACCAAAAGGGGUCAUGUGGCUCAUUAAACUUUGGCCAACAAUUUUUUGCGCCCCAACAAAGACAAACAAAAAGUUUUGCACUAAAUAUUUGCACCCUUUUUUUUGUGUUUUACUCCCCUGCUCAACAACAACAACA